AUGACACAUUUUGCUGGUGAAUCUUGGAAUGGCAAUCAUAUGCCCAACACGAAUGCUGUUUAUAAUUCAACAGAAGUUGCAUUUCCUCAAAUGUGGAAUCAAGAUGGUUCAACAUCUUAUAACGAAAUCAUAGGAUUUCAGGAUUUAGCCAUUUGGCCUCGAACGCAAGUGGGAAAUUUUGUCUCCCAAAGACUUUCAUCUCCUAGAACAGCUCUUACACCAUCAAACUCAUCUUCAAAUCCAUCAAACACUGCAACCACAAAGAAGACAAGACGAAGAGUUGCAUCAAUGGCACAACGAAGAGCUGCAAAUAUAAGGGAAAGAAGAAGAAUGUUCAAUUUAAAUGAAGCAUUUGACAAGCUGAGACGUAAAGUUCCAACAUUUGCUUACGAAAAACGACUGUCACGGAUAGAAACUCUACGUCUCGCGAUAACCUACAUUCAAUUUAUGACAGAGCUGCUAACAGGGCAACCAAGUUCACCUAAUUUAUUUUCUACGACUCAUUACAAUCACCACCAUCAUUUGCAUGUUCAACAGCAGCAUCUUAGGUUCGAUUAAGAAACAUUUAUGCAAUUAUCAAACUUAAAAGUAGAAGUAGCGGUACCAUAAAAUAUGUACAAAAAAGAUUGUACAUAAAUCAAUGAAAUAUUUCUAUGCUUCCAUUAAGACAUAAAUAGAUCGUAAAUAUGAUAAUAAUAAAUGAAUGGUCAAUGUAAGUUUUUUGAAGAAAAGUUCA